GCCGCCACUCUGCUGCUGCCAUGUCUCUAGUGAUUCCUGAAAAGUUCCAGCACAUUUUGCGAGUACUCAACACAAACAUGGAUGGGCAGCAGAAAAUAGCCUUUGCCAUCACUGCCAUUAAGGGUGUGGGGCGAAGGUAUGCUCAUGUGGUGUUGAGGAAAGCAGACGUUGACCUCACCAAGAGGGCUGGAGAACUCACUGAAGAUGAGGAUGAACAUGUGAUCACCAUUAUGCAGAAUCCACGACAGUACAAGAUCCCAGACUGGUUCUUGAACAGACAGAAGGAUGUAAAGGAUGGAAAAUACAGCCAGGUUCUGGCCAAUGGUCUAGACAACAAACUCUGGGAGGACCUGGAGCGAAUGAAGAAGAUUAGGGCCCACAGGGGACUGUGCCACUUCUGGGGCCUUCGUGUCCGAGGCCAGCACACUAAGACCACUGGGCGCCACAGCCGAACCAUGGGUGUAUCUAAGAAGAAAUGA